AAGAGGAAAGAACGGGAAGACUUGAAGGGCAUUUACGUAAAUCGCCAAACAACCGCACCAGCUAGAUUGCAAGUCCUCGGGCGGCAUGGAAAGUCACCUCCUUUUCCUUCUCUUGGACACUCGGCAGAUGCGCCGGUGAAGCCGUGGUAUCAUUUUCUGGCGGCGGAGCGACGCGAAAAUGAAGCGGAGCUGCUCCGUCUCCUUCCCCGUCGUCGUCGUUGUCUCCGCGAUUGCUUACAUAUACUUCUGCACCGUCUUCAUCUUUAUUGACGCGUGGUUCGGUCUGAUGACCUCCCCGGGAAUCAUGAACGCAACCGCCUUCACCGCCCUCGCCUUCGCGUGCGUCUUCAAUUAUACUCUCGCCAUAUUCACUGAUCCCGGGCGUGUCCCUCGGACUUUCUUGCCGGACGUCGAGGACACGGAUAAUCCGAUCCACGAGAUCAAGCGCAAGGGUGGGGACUUGAGAUAUUGCCAAAAGUGUUCCCACUAUAAGCCUCCCCGUGCACAUCACUGCCGUGUCUGCAAAAGAUGUGUUUUGAGAAUGGACCACCAUUGCAUCUGGAUAAAUAAUUGUGUGGGUCAUGCAAACUAUAAGAUGUUCUUCGUCUUCAUUUUGUAUGCUGUAAUUGCAUGCCUCUAUGCCCUGGUUUUGCUUGUGGGUAGUCUAACUAACAUUGCUAAAGAGGAUGGCCAGCAAAGUGGAGGCUUUUCCAGAACUGUAUAUGUGGUAUCUGGGUUGUUGCUUGUCCCAUUGUCUGUGGCACUUAGCGUUCUCUUAGGUUGGCAUAUCUACUUCAUUUUGCGAAACAAGACUACAAUUGAGUACCAUGAAGGAGUUAGAGCUAUGUGGCUUGCAGAGAAAGGAGGGACUGUCUAUAAGCAUCCCUAUGAUCUUGGUGCCUAUGAGAAUUUGACUACGGUGCUGGGUCCAAGCAUCCUCUGCUGGGUAUGCCCAACAUCAAGGCACAUUGGUUCUGGUCUUCGCUUUAGUACAGCAUAUGACAAAGCAACUGGCGUGGCAACACCAAAAUGAAGUUCAAUGUGGCUUGAUCUUCUCAGCAUCUUGGCAAUAAUAAGAUGACAACUGUGAAGUGGUGUAUGAAUGCAGGUGACACGAGGAUGUCUGGCAGCACCCGCCUUAAGCAUAAUGCCUUACACGCUGUUCUGCUUGUGGUAACCACUGGAGGAAAGAUGGUCUUUUUUCUUUUUUCUUUCCAACAAAACAAAGACUCCGGGAGUUCUUGCCGCUCUUUGAUGAUGGAUGAAAAAAAAUCGAUUCCUUGGAGGGCCAACUCUAAUUCCUCAAAUUACACAGAAGCAGCGGAAUUUUGUCUGAAGCAAGUAAUAAAAAAGGAUAGCUGUACUUGGUGACUGUUUCGAGGAUGUAGAGCUUACAGAUUAGGCAAUUAUUUUUUUCUUCCUUUGAAGCAUGUAGGUGAAAGGCUAGUUGUAAUAGGUGAGUCUUGAUGAUGUAGAGCUUACAGAUACUGCAUUUGUAGAUACUUUGGGUAGAAAAUUGGGAUCAUAAUCCCAGCUUACCGACCAAAAUCCCAAGUAGAAUAGAUGGUUUAACUUUUAAGAAAGCUCAUUGUUCAUGUAACCUUUUUGAAACCUCUACAAAAAAAAAAUUGUGGAUAAAUGUUACGGUAUGCCUUUUUCUUCC